UCUGCAUAAAUGUUCUACCGAGAUGCAAGUUUCUAUCUUUAAAAGUUUUCGUCAAAUUCAACAGUACGUAUCCUGGAACUGUAUAAUAAAAGUACUUCACUGUACAUAGUUUCAGGUUUCUAUAUAUGGAAUAUUGAUAAUAAGUAAGAACGACACUCGAGUACUUAUAUUACCUCGAAGGUUAUCGACCACCCGGAAAGACAUAUUGGUGCGCUGUAAAGCUGCAGUUGGUGAUGGGUGGCUGGAGAGACGGCCGGGCACUGACAGGUUGGAAGCCUUCAGACAGCGGCUCUCCCGUGUUGUACUUGGGCGGUGAAGAUGGUAGACAGGUGUGAAGAAUGUAACCAGGUUGAUGUGGAAACCAAGCGAUAUCUGCAGGAACACAUUCUGUGUCACCAGUUGCGUGAUUAUGAAAGUUAGGAAAACAACAGCUAAAGUUUGUAGCCAGCUGUGACGACACUGAUCACGCUUCGGAAGGUUAUAUAUUCCAGGAAAGUGAUUGUGAUAUCAUUUGUAAUGAAUCAAGAUCAGAUGUUCCAAGUUUACCGCACCAUGUCAAGAUGGGUGGCUACUUUUCUCUGAGCAAGAUUUACGCAGUGUGCUUUGUUGUAUCAGCGGGCCUCACGCUCACAUCGCUCAUACGAUUCAACGUAACGUGGACGACGCCUUCUGCCCGACGGGGCCACCCUGCAACACUUACUGUGUGUCCUGACGUCUUAGCGCGGAUGACGAGAGGACGCUGGGUAGCCCGGAAUGUUUCACUGAAGGAGAGACAAAGAUUGGACGCGUUUGUGUCCACGAUGCGACAACAAUAUAAACUUCCUAUAACGAUGCAGCGGAAGGACGGACAGUGUGGCAAUGUCUCCUAUGCUUCCGACAUCCGUGCCCAUAGUGUUCUUCGUUAUUUCCGAGCGAUGUGUGAUCCUAGUGGUCGGACCCCGUGCUGCAAGGAUACAAUGUGUAAAGCAGGGUCGCCGGAGGAAUGUCUAUGUCCUACCUGCUACGAUCUCCGCCGGGAUGUCCAUUCCGAGUUGGCCAGUUGGGAGCCAGAUGACGUCCGAUGCAGGUUCCGCCUGUUUAGCACCGAGGAUGCAUGUCGUCUGCUAGCGGGGUCCUCACUGCUGGUGGCGGGGGACUCUCUGAUGCGGCAGCUGUAUGUGUCCCUGCUGCUCAUCCUCACAGGAAAUGCCCGUGACGGCGCUUUAGGAAACAACAUACCCCACGACAUGCGCACGAGAUGUUCCGGCAUGAACCAGUUCACGGACAAGGCGUGUCGCCGGUAUAUGCUGACGGACAAGGCUGUGUGUAGCGGUAGUGUCAACAUUGGCUUCAGAGUGCGCACAAGGGCUGCGUAUGUUGAUAAUUUUUUAUCUGACAUCAGGUCUUUGACCGGCAUCGGACGCUCCAUAGUACUGGUGGGAUUCGGCCAGCAUGAUGCCCUCAGCGUUCCCUUUGUCAAGUUACAUUUCCUACUUCCGGUGCUCAAAUAUAUGAAGUCAGCCAUGUUGAAAUGGCCUCGAAUGGUUUGGGCCUCGGUUCACUCUUUUGGAGUCCUUGCCUUUGCGUCAGAGCGCAAUGCAACGUUGGUGCGUGACUACAACAGACAAAUCAGCGAGUUCCUGGCGACGUGGGGUGUCCCUGUGAUAGAUACAUUCAACAUGACACUCGGUACCGUCAGCGUCGACGGGGUGCACUAUGGGCAAGGCGUUAACGUGGCCAAAGCGCAACUCUUUCUCAAUUAUCUUUUCGAGGAGAAAUUAAAAGGCCAGUGGUAAAUCAGCAGUAUUUGUAAGAAAGAAAGGAGGCAUUUAGUGUUUAGUUACUGCUCUGAAAGUAUAACAAGCCUCAUGCGUGCCAGUUGUUUGAACGUGGUUGUACAGGCUGUUGUUUGAGUAUGACGUGCUGCAUUGUUGGGCUAUGGCACCACUGUUUUGACACAUGGUGUUGAACCAUAAGAUUUCAUUGUCGUUUCAGAACAAGUGACUGGUAUAUACACGACAUGCAUAGAAGUGUUGUUACGAUAAGAUGACAACUAACGACAAACAGUUUUUUGUUUACGAAUGCACGUGCACUUUACAAAAGGCGUUACAGUUAGAUAGCGCACUACUGGUGUGUUCUGUGAGAUGACACACUACAGGCGUGUUCUGUGUGUUGCCGCACUACAGGUGUGUUCUGUGUGUUGACGCACUACAGGUGUGUUCUGUGUGUUGCCGCA